UGAUCCUGGUCGUUUGUUAAUUUUUGCAAAGCGUUAUUGAAAGAGACCGGCCAUCAAAUUUUUUUUGGCGGAAAUCAACCUGUGUUAUUUUAAAAUCAGUUAUGUCCGUAGCAUCUGAUGUGCUAUUAGAUUUAGAUGGAGGAGACGAUUUUCAAGUUGAUGAAGAAGGCGAUCAGAGUGUUCAGAAGUUGAAAGAAAAAGUCAAGAAGAGGAAGGGCAGAGGAUUUGGUGGAGAUGGAACUGCAAGAGAAGAUCUUCAAGAUUAUGAAGCAAUGGAUCAUGAUGGUACUGAUGAACCUGGUCCACAAAGAUCCAUUGAAGGGUGGAUUUUGUUUAUUACUGGUGUGCAUGAAGAAGCUCAAGAAGAUGAUAUUUAUGAACAGUUUUCUGAGCAUGGUGAUAUAAAAAAUCUUCAUUUGAAUCUUGACCGGCGUACUGGAUUUUUAAAGGGGUAUGCCUUGGUUGAAUAUGAAACGUACAAAGAAGCUCAGUCAGCUUUGGAAAAUCUAAAUGGCAGUGAACUUCUAGGACAAAAACUCAGUGUUGAUUGGGCAUUUGUUAAAGGUCCUACUAAAAAGAAACGAGGAAGACGAACUGAUAUGAGGAGAAGAAAGUGAUUUCUUGGAAAAAUUUGUUAUGUUUUCAUAAAUCUGUUCAUUAUGCAUUGUAAUUUUAAGCUUUAAACACUAUGCUUAUUGUAUAUAAACCCACCUACUCUGCAACUUGUAUUCAAUUAUUAUUUUACCCAAUAUCUUUAGAAACAUCAUUUCACUGGGUACUUUUACUUGCAAUCAUCAUUUUCUUUUAUGUAUGAAUAAACAUCUUUUUUUCAGUUAAUAUGCAUUUA